GGCGCGGUCUGGGCGCAGAGCCCGCGGCGGGGUUGGCGGGGUCGCCGCGAGCCAGGGGCGCCGCUCGGAGCCCGGCCGCAGGCUGCCUUUGUUUCUCCCUGCUGCCAUGGGGACCACCAACGAAACGGAAAGCUGGUAUGCGAAGCUGCACGAUGUGCUGAAGGCCCUCAACUCCACCCUGCACAGCAACCUGCUCUGCCAACGGGACCCGGCAGCAGACAACCUGGUCAAGGAGCCCCAGGCCAGACAACCUGGCCGUGAUGACAACUCCUACAUGUAUAUUCUCUUUGUCAUGUUCUUGUUUGCUGUCACGGUGGGCAGCCUCAUCCUCGGGUACACCCGCUCUCGCAAAGUGGACAAGCGCAGUGACCCCUAUCACGUGUACAUCAAGAACCGAGUAUCGAUGAUCUGAUGUUCUGGGGCCUGGAAUUGCCCGAGAGGGUGAGUC